AUGAGUUUUCCUCAGACAGAAAAGAACGGCAUCACCAGUGAAAGUCCAGCUCGUGAAUUCAACACAAAUGAACACGGCGAUUUGCUGAACUCCGCUGGGGAGCCAUGGAGAGGAGGUCGAUUCCAGGAAAGAGGACGGGGGAGGGGGCGCGGAAGGGGGCGCGGACGGUAUGAAGGCGAUGGCGAGUGGCGUCGCUCUGACAACGAUCGCGAAAGAGGGAACGAGCGCUUUUCGUGGCGUCGUGGCAGCGGUGACGCUGGUGGUGGCGGUGAGUACGAGGGUGAAGAGGGAUAUGGCGGUGGUUGGCCACGUGGCGGUCGCAGCGGGUACAAUAACAAUUAUAAUCGUCGCGGUGGUGGCGGCCGCGGUUCUCGUCAAUACGGCCCCGGUGCACGGAAGGAGCAAUGGUCAAACUGGCGACAGGGUGAUCCCAAACGUGACGCUGGCGACGAGUAUUCGGAACCGCGUCGCGGUGGUGGUGAUAACUACGAUGUGGAAGGGGGACGCGGAGGGCGUGGCCGUGGCCGUGGCGGUCGUUUUGCUGACGACGAUCGCGAGCUCGAGGGGAGGGCCCAGAGAAGGUCGCAGGGAGCAACCGACGACACCGACCAGCAGGAACCCGUCCAACAGUCAGAGGGGCAGCAGCAGCAGCAGCAGCCACCAGCGCAAUAUGGGCGGUUUGAUGUUGAUUCGUACGAGCGACCACGUGGUCGGGGACGAGAUCGUCCCUACCGCGGCAGAGGCGGUUACUUCAGGGAAGUGGAGGAAGAGAGACAGCAGCAACCGCAACCGCAAUCGCAACCGCAACUGCAACCGCAGCCACAGGAACAAGAGCAGCGGCCACGCGUCUCGGAGGAUCCAAUCUCGACUAACCCUAGUCGCACACAGCGUGCCCCACAUUUGCGUAAGAAUUGCCACGACGAAAGGGAAAUAGAACAACUUUUUGAGCACCAUCAUCAACAAAAAGGUAUUUCCCUGGAUAACUAUGCCAAUAUUCCGGUUGAUAUUAUUCCCAAUAAUGUUGAACCUGUGGAAAGCUUUGAGGAUCUUUACGUGGAGCCCGCACUUGCCUUGAACGUUGCCAAGUGCGGGUACAAACAACCAACACCGGUGCAGCGUUAUGGCAUUCCGGUCUGUCUCAACGGUGAUGAUUUAAUGGCGUGUGCCCAGACGGGCUCUGGAAAGACGGCAGCCUUUUUGGUUCCUGUUGUUCACUACAUCUUAAAACACGGCGUAUCACCCGCUCGUGAACGCGUUAGUUAUCCAAUUGCCGUCAUUAUGGCUCCAACACGUGAAUUGGCGUUACAAAUUUACGAUGAGGUUCGCAAAUUGACGUUCCGCACGGAUAUCUUCUAUGAUGUUGUCUACGGAGGAACACCGUAUCCAACGCGGUUUGAAAACGACAUUCUUGUUGCAUGUCCCGGACGCCUAAAGGAUAUUUUUGACCGCGGUAUUGUCUCCUUCAGCCGGGUAAAGUUUCUCGUCCUUGAUGAGGCCGACCGCAUGUUGGAGAUGGGGUUUGAGGAGCAGAUUGAAUACCUUGUCGCCUCGCGGUACACGGAUAUGCCGCAGACCACGGAACGACAAACGCUUAUGUUCAGCGCCACCUUUCCUCAGCGGAUUUUGAACCUCGCGAAACGUUAUCUUCGUCAGCAUUACUACCUCCUCACGGUUGGCCGCGUUGGAUCGACAACGAAGAAUAUCACGCAGAAGAUUGUGCGUGUGCAGGAGUCUGAAAAGAUGGACAAACUGUUUGAGGUUAUUUACCAGCAGAAACAGACGGAUCUUGUGCUAAUUUUUGUGGAAACCAAGCGUGCUGCAGAGGAACUUCACUAUGCCCUUAAGAGUGAGGGCAUUCCGAGCGCCACCAUCCAUGGGGACCGCAGACAAUUUGACCGUGAACGUGCGUUGCGUGAUUUCAAGGAUGGCAUCACGCCGAUUUUGGUCGCUACAGAUGUUGCCUCGCGUGGUCUGGACGUCCCUAAUGUGGCACACGUCAUUCAAUACGAUCUUCCAAAGGAGAUGGACGAUUAUACACACCGCAUUGGACGUACUGGACGUGCUGGAAACAAGGGCACAGCCACCUCCUUUUACAAUAAGAACAACCGAAACCUUACCGUGGACCUGUACAACUACCUGAAGGAGCACGAGCAGGAUAUCCCCCUAUGGUUUGAGGAGGAGAAGGAAAACGUCGAGGGAGAACGGUUUCUAGGCAUGAGCCGCGGUCGCGGUGGCGGUGGUAUUGGUGGAAGGCGUGGUGGUGGCGGUGGCGACAAUUACCGCGCGGCUCCGACGCUCUCCAACUCCACAUGGGGCGAGUCUGCACCAUCGCGCGGCCGUGCAAGGGGUGUCGGUCGGCCUCAGAACAACUCUAACGUGGACGAUGGGGGGUUUUGA